CUCUUCCUCCUGAGAACAGGAAGACAGAAAGUGAGCAGGAGAUACAGAGUAAGCCCAGGGAUGCCACAGACUGAGAGUGAGAGGUUGAAGAGUGGGCGGCUGAACAGUGGUAGACAGCAGCAGCAGCAGCGAGAUCGGCGGGGUGAACACGGAGAGGAGCCAGACACACGUACCAAUCCAAAUGAUUCUGUCUCACCUCGGCUCUAUGCUCGUACCUCUGCUACUCAGAUGGGUUUCCCAUUGAUGAUUAGACCUGGAGGUCCACUUAUGGCCUCAUCUCAGCUCCAAAGCAUACUGUUACAGCAGUGUUCCAGUGAGGAGGAGGGGAGACCGUUCCUGCAGCGGGUGUCUCGGUGCUCCCAGUUGAGCCAGCACAGACCCUCUGUCCUACGCCAGGGUGUCCUGGCUGCCCACGUACGACCACAGGCGGCCGGUUCAGCUCAACCCAUAUCACUGUGCAAUGCGGAGGUGUACACAGGGAGCCGUGGACAGUCCUCACCCCCACACUCUGAGCACUCUCUUGGGCCCACUCGUCACCCCUCUCCUCUGAGGAGAGCCAGUCCUAAGCAGAACUCCAUCAUCACCAGGCAUCAUGAGCCAGGUCACCCAACCCUACGGAGCUCCAGUGCUCUGUUUCUCAACGGACUCUGCUGCUGGCCAGGCUGCGAUGCGGUAUUUGAAGAAUUUCCCCAUUUUUUGAAACACCUCCAUUCUGACCAUGGCCAUGGAGACAGAAGCAUUGCACAGUGGAGGGUACAACAAGACAUGGUGCAAUACAUGGAGACCCAGCUGACUGUGGAAAAACAGAAACUCUUUGCAAUGCAACUCCAUCUGCACCUGUCUGAACACAAAUCAACUGACAUGAAGGCAGGUUCAGAUUGGCCUUACAGCCACAGCCUGGCACUAGUCCUGCCCCAGAACCCAUCCCCGGCCUUGGCAGCAGAUGGAGUGCCACGCUGCGCCACUAAAGAGCCAGAGGAGCUGGCACAGCAUGAGUAUUGGCCCGCUGCCACUCCCCACCACCUACUCCCAGAUCUUGUCCCGAGUGUUGAGUGUUAUAAAUACAACAACAUCCGGCCUCCGUACACCUACGCCUGCCUGAUAAGAUGGUCUAUACUGGAGUCUCCAGACAAGCAGCACUCUCUGAAUGACAUCUACAACUGGUUCACCACAAUGUUCUUCUACUUCCGACACAACACAGCCACAUGGAAGAACGCUGUCCGUCAUAAUCUUAGCUUGCACAAGUGUUUUGUGCGAGUGGAGGGAGGCAAGGGGUCUGUCUGGACAGUGGAUGAAAUGGAAUAUCAAAGGAGAAAGGGACAAAAAUAUCACAGGGAUCAUCAUGUGAAAUGGUUGGCACCCUUCUCCUUAUUCCGUCCAGAAGAACCUUGAACAUAGCCACCCCUUCAGUGAAUGAAAAACUAUAGGAAAAGGAAGUCACCAGGACCUAUAACUGAAUCAGGUAUAUUAUAACAGGGAUGGAGCAAAAGCCUCCAUAUUAGCUCUCCAGGCGGAGGGUUGACCAGUCCUGGUCUACAGUAUCUACAGCACCCAGCAUCACCUUCUUUGUUCAGCAGCAGAUGGUGCUAUAAUACAUAGCAUAGCCCCGGACUCUUUUGCCUCUCUAGACUCUGAUCAUGAAGAAGUGUGCAUGACUGGAAUGGCAAUAUAUUUUGCAGCCUUUGAAAUAAAAAUAAACACUUAAAAAUGAUUUGUCAAUAAAAACACAGUGAAAAGGUGAACAAUCAUUUUGUUUUAUAGUGUUGGCUACAUAUGUGUUACAGCAAGCAAGUAAAAAUUUGACAUUCUGUCAAAAAUUCAUAAAAUAAUUAAUAAAAUACAUAUUUGAAUGUAUCUCUGAUUUUGGAUCACCUUUUGUGAGAAAAUAAAAUCAGUUAACCACUUUACCCACAAACCUUUAAAUAACAGCUACCCUCCACAAUCCCUUUUACAUCAUUCUCCAUAAAUCCAGAUGAACUCUGUGAAAGAAAAAGGGAGAAUGUAUCUUCCUGCAAUGUGAAAGCCCUGUUUAAUAGUGUUUUCACCUGUGAGUAGCAGCCUGCUGCAGUUCUCUCAGCUCCCUGGUGAGUCUCAGUCAGAAGGUGAAGUAUAAAUAAAACCCAUUCUCCUCGCUCCCACAUGCAUGAUUCCUACAGUACAUGUACUCCUCAAUGCUCUCACAACCUUUGAGAGCCUCCGCCUUGCUUCAGUGCCUUCAGCCUCUUUUGUUGCUCCUGACACUCCUUCAUUGCCAUUGAACUUUAGCCACUUAAUCUUUACCACAAACUGAAUAAUAUCUCAUGAACACAAUGGGUCUAACAUUCCACAGUGUCACUUACAUCAAGCAAAAUAUUGUCUAUACAUUAGCCCUACGGUUUCUAAACGUCUCCAUUGUGUUUUUCAUAUUUCACAGCUAUUAGUCAGUUUUUCCACAGACCCAGCAGUUGUCCUUCUGUAUGAAUCAGUCUUUCCACUAGAAAGGGAUAUCCAGUUAUUUAUAUCCAGAGCUUUUUUUCUAAAGGACAAAAGUUAUUUAUUUGGUGUGCAUGGGUAAACAUGAGACUGUGCGAUAUGAGGCUAAAAUAUAACUCCUUACUCUAGGCACACCUCAGGCUGGACCAGAUCCAUUUCCCAGGCCUGUCAUUUAAAGCAUUUCCUUUAGGAGAAUCCUGUACAGUGUUACAUCCUCUAAAACCUCUACUCUUAUGGUUCAUGCUGCCAGGUGCUUAUUAUUACCCAUUCAACUUCCUCUGUAAACGCUAGCCAUCAAACCCCUUAGCAGCAUUUACAAUGACACAAACAGACUGCCAAUACAAGAUAAAAUCGAAAGCUAUUUCCUUUUGGGGGAAACACACCAUCUCAAAGUACAAGGUGUAGUCUUGAAAUUGAGGACAGUUUGAGCUAAUCACAGUGUUUUCCUCAUCUGCUUAAAUAAGCACUUGGACCAGUGUUUUGUUUCUGUGGAGAUGUGAAGUAUGGAAAGUCCAAUAUAUCCAGAUGUGCAGUAUGAAGUCCAAUAUAUCCAGAUGUGCAGUAUGCUCAUUCAUGAGUAGACCUAUAGUAGUUGUCACAUUGACCUGAUCGAAUAAGAUCACCUUGGAAGUGUUUUCAUGUGAGAUUACUUUCAUAGGAGAUUCCAUUGCACAUCUUGUCGAUGUCUGUUUUAUG